GUGGAGCCACAGGUCGGAGCGCGCGGCACUCGUCGGGAGGCGGCGGCGGCGGCGGCGGAGGCGGGCGGCGCUCUCCGGCAGGCAUGCCCAAAGAAAAAUACGAACCCCCCGGCCCCCGGAGAAUGUAUACAAUUAUGUCGUCUGAGGAAGCAGCAAAUGGAAAGAAGUCACAGUGGGCAGAACUGGAGAUCAGUGGAAAAGUUCGGAGCUUAAGCUCCUCUUUGUGGUCCUUGACUCAUCUGACCACUUUGCAUCUAAGCGACAAUUUCCUGUCCCGCAUCCCUUCCGACAUUUGCAAGCUGCACAAUCUAGCCUAUCUGGACCUGUCGUCAAAUAAGAUCCGGAGUUUGCCGGCAGAACUCGGAAACAUUGUAUCACUCAGGGAACUCCAUUUAAAUAACAACCUGUUACGAGUUCUGCCUUUUGAGCUGGGGAAACUGAUUCAAUUGCAGACAUUAGGCCUGAAAGGAAAUCCGCUUACCCAGGACAUACUGACCCUCUAUCUGGAACCAGAUGGAACGAGAAGGCUACUGAACUAUUUGCUUGAUAACUUGGCAGGUACUGCAAAAAGAAUUUCCACGGAACAGCCACCUCCACGAUCAUGGAUUAUGCUGCAGGAACCAGACCGGACGAGACCCACUGCUUUGCUCUCCGUCAUGUGCUACAAUGUGCUUUGUGAUAAAUAUGCCACCCGUCAGUUGUACGGCUACUGCCCGUUAUGGGCACUCAAUUGGGACUACCGGAAAAAGGCCAUUAUUCAGGAGAUAGUUAGCUGCAAUGCAGACAUCAUCAGCCUACAGGAGGUUGAAACUGAGCAGUAUUACAGCUUUUUUCUGGCAGAAUUGAAAGAGCGAGGCUAUAACGGAUUCUUCAGCCCGAAAUCCAGAGCCAGGACCAUGUCAGAACAGGAACGAAAGCAUGUAGAUGGAUGUGCUAUAUUCUUCAAGACCGAGAAAUUCUCUCUGGUUCAGAAACACACUGUUGAAUUCAAUCAGCUUGCCAUGGCCAACUCGGAGGGCUCGGAAGCCAUGCUGAAUCGGGUCAUGACCAAGGACAACAUUGGCGUUGCUGUCCUGCUGGAGCUGCGGAAGGAGCUGAUAGAGACAGCAUUGGGGAAGCCCCAUCUUGGAACUGAAAACCAGCUUCUUCUCGUGGCUAAUGCGCACAUGCACUGGGAUCCCGAGUACUCCGAUGUGAAGUUGGUUCAGACCAUGAUGUUCCUCUCAGAAGUGAAAAACAUCAUCGACAAAGCUUCAAGGAGCCUCCAGUCCAGCGUGGCAGGAGAGUCUGGGACUAUUCCAUUGGUGUUAUGUGCUGAUCUCAAUUCCCUGCCAGACUCUGGUGUUGUGGAAUAUCUGAGCACAGGUGGAGUCGAAACCAAUCACAAAGACUUUAAGGAACUGAGGUAUAAUGAAAGUCUCACUAACUUCAGCUGCAACGGGAAAUUCGAGACAGCUCCCGGGCGCAUCACCCAUGGUUUCCAGCUCAAGAGUGCUUAUGAGCAGGGACUCAUGCCUUACACUAACUACACGUUUGAUUUCAAGGGGAUCAUCGACUACAUCUUCCACUCGAAGCCUCAACUGAAGACGCUGGGUGUCCUGGGCCCUCUGGACCACCACUGGCUUGUGGAGAACAACAUCACUGGCUGCCCACACCCACUCAUCCCCUCCGACCACUUCUCGCUGUUUGCCCAGCUUGAGCUGGCACUGCCUCUCCUGCCACCAGUCAACGGUGUCCACCUCCUGGGUCGGAGGUAGUCCUGGCCUUCACCUCCCGGGCAGGAGGUAGACCGGCACCCAGCUCCCUGGCAAGGUGUUGUCCCAGCACUCAUCGCCCAGUACUCACCUCCCUGACAGGAGGUUGUCCCAGCACUGACCUUCUGGGCAGAAAGUUGUCCCAUUCCCUUUCAGAGAGCACCUGCUUUUCUUCAUGGAAAUUCAUCCAAAGAUGAAGUGAGGGGAGUGAGGUCUAGACACAGAGAAUUUUUUUCCUAAUGAUUUGGAAUUUUCUGUCUGAUUCUUGGACCGGGAUCUUGUCUUGAAAGCCAGGUGCUAGCAACAACCAAUGUCUGAGCCCAAUGUGCUUUAUCUGCUGUCAGACAGGGAUGGCUGGUGUGUCUGGACAUGCCACCGUGGUGCGUCAAGAGUCAUUUUCCUGUUUCUUCCCACCCCCACCUCCACCCCCUGAGAGAAUAUUUUCAUGUCUUGAAAUAGGAAAAUGUCGGAACUUCCCAGAAUCUCUUUGCACAGAAAUCAGUAGCACUACUUUGCUGAGGCCAGUAAGAAUAUCUAGACCUUUUUACCACAGGGCUUUGCCCCCCUUUUUAUUUUGUUCCUACACUCAUUUGUUUAAAAAAAAAAAAGGAAAAAGAAAAAAAUAGAGAACUUGAAUUCAGCCUUUCUGAUUGAUUGUAUAAUGCUCCACAGAAGACCUGAUUUAUGAAAUUUUAUAUGGGGGGAGAGACAACUUCUUAUCAGUUUUGGAAAGGAUUGUAUUGAAAAAACCGAGGCAAA